AUGAGCCCUGAACAAUCCGAUGAUCUAUUCUCUAAUGGAUAUGAAUACGAAUAUGAAUACGAAUAUGAAUACGAAUAUGAGUAUGAACAUGAGUAUGAAUCUAACUCCUCUGCGGAUACUACCAUCUUUUUGGGUACUGCUGCAGAUGAGAAUCACAACAUUCGGACCGAAGCCAGAACCACCCUGCUGCGCAAACUUCACGCUGUUUGUGGACAAGAAUCACUACCGGUACCAUUCUGGGCAUGUCUUCAGGUCUGCAGCAUUUCAAAGCUAAAAUUCGCCAUCUGGCUCGCAGCAAACUGGCUUGACGACUUCCUAGCCAUGGCCGAAAUCUUCAGAAAACUCCCAUGCAAAUGGGUACAACGAUCAUCCAUCCCGCCAUACAUCCCCUACCAAACAUCCAAGCACGCACAAAGCGCACCAAGAGAGCGAGAUCUAUCCAGAUGCGUCUUGACAGGCGCCGAACACCCAAUCAACCUUGUUUGUAUCUUUCCCGCCUCCGCCGUGGCCGACCUACUCAACAGAUCAAUCACAGAUCAUGGAUUCUGGAAACUCAUGUACGCCCUGUGGGAUCCCGAGAUCGUGAAGCGUUGGCGCAAUGUCAUCUUCCCCUACCCCAGCAACCCUACCUACGCCAUCAUCAACGACCCUUCUUUCCUGCUAAGCCUGCGCGACGACCUCAGCAUAGCAUGGGUCAGUGGCCUCUUCGAUCUGCGUCCAGUCUCGGUUACAGAGGACAAAACCCAGUUAGAGGUUGAAUUCCACUGGCUUUCCCAUGGGGACCGGGACUCUUCCAAGUUCUGCGCUGCAACCGAGAUUCCAUUUUCAACAAAGGGUCGCAAGGGCUCGAAAGAGAUGACCCUUACCCUGACGAACGAGCGUGGAGAGCCGUUCCUCGUCGCAUCCGGCCACCGGUUCGUACUUCGAACUGAUGACCCCGUCCUCCGCCCACUGCCGAGCUUUGAGCUUCUCGAUAUGCAGUGGUACGUCAACCGGAUCGUGGCUAUGGCCGGUACGUGGGAAUUGUGUGGCGCGCUGAGCGGGUCCGAGAUGGAUGUGCAGGAUGUGGCUGAGGAAGACACGGACUGCCCGGGGCGGCUGAGCUGGGCCGUAGAAAAGAGGGUGGGAGCUUUGCUCUCUGAUCCUCAGGAUGGAGAAGAACUUGAUUAG